AUGUCAACAAGUCUUAUAUCAAAACCUAAACAAGAGAUGACACCGGAAGAACUUAAACAACGAGAAGAAGAAGAAUUUCGUACUGGACCAUUAUCAUUAUUAACAGAUGCAGUUAAAAAUAAUACACAAGUAUUAAUUGCCUGUCGAAAUAAUAGAAAAUUAUUAGCACGUGUUAAAGCAUUCGAUCGACAUUGUAAUAUGGUUUUAGAAGAUGUUACAGAAUUAUGGCAAGAAACACCAAAAUCAAGUAAAGCAAAAGCUGCUGCUGCAGCUGGUGGUGAUGCCAAAGGAAGUGUAUUAAAACCGGUUAACAAAGAUCGUUAUAUAUCAAAAAUGUUUUUACGUGGUGAUAGUGUUAUACUUGUUCUCAAAAAUCCAAAAGCUAAAUCGGCUGAUUCAAACAAAUAG